ACAUCUGAGUUCUGUCUUGAGCAGGAGGGACUCAGUCAGGCCUCUCCGCCCUGCUCCCCUGGGGGCCUCCACACCCGCAGAGCCAACACGGGCCUCAGACUAGCAUCGGCCACUUCAAUUCUAACUCAGGCGGGGCAGGACAGGUCAGCCCCACCUGGAACUCGGGGAUCAAUCCCUCAGCUUCCCCAGAAAAGAACAGGCUGCUCACCUGGAGUAGCAGCCCCAGGAGAAGCCGACCCCUCCCGCAAUGCCCGCCCCGCCGUGCGCCUCCUGCCAUGCCUCACGCGCCGCCCUCCGCCGUCCGCGCUCGGGCCAAGCGCUGUGCGGUGCCUGCUUCUGCGCCGCCUUCGAGGCCGAGGUGCUGCACACGGUGCUCGCCGGCCGCCUGCUGCCGCCGGGCGCGGUGGUGGCGGUGGGCGCCUCGGGCGGCAAGGACUCCACGGUGCUGGCACAUGUGCUGCGUGCGCUGACGCCGCGCCUGGGCAUCUCACUGCAGCUCGUAGCCGUCGACGAGGGCAUCGGUGGCUACCGGGACGCGGCGCUGGCGGCCGUGCGGCGCCAGGCGGCGCGUUGGGAGCUGCCGCUCACGGUCGUGGCCUACGAAGACCUCUUCGGGGGCUGGACGAUGGACGCCGUGGCCCGCAGCACAGCCGGCUCCGGCCGCAGCCGCUCCUGCUGCACCUUCUGUGGAGUGCUGCGGCGCCGGGCGCUGGAGGAAGGGGCGCGCCGCGUGGGAGCCACGCACAUCGUGACAGGUCACAACGCCGACGACAUGGCGGAGACCGUGCUCAUGAACUUCCUGCGGGGCGACGCGGGGCGGCUGGCCCGGGGCGGGGGCCUGGGCUCUCCAGGCGAAGGGGGCGCCCUGCCGCGGUGCCGCCCGCUGCAGUUCGCCUCGCAGAAGGAGGUGGUGCUGUACGCGCACUUCCGCCGCCUCGACUACUUCUCCGAGGAGUGCGUCUAUGCGCCCGAGGCCUUCCGUGGUCACGCCCGGGACCUGCUCAAGCGCCUGGAGGCGGCGCGGCCAUCGGCGGUGCUGGACCUCGUGCACUCGGCCGAGCGCCUGGCGCUGGCCCCAGCCGCGCGGCCUCCACGCCCCGGCGCCUGCUCCCGCUGUGGGGCCCUGGCCAGCCGCGCGCUCUGCCAGGCCUGCGUACUCCUGGACGGGCUGAACCGCGGCCGGCCCCGCCUGGCCAUCGGCAAGGGUCGCCGGGGGCUGGACGAGGAGGCGACGCCGGGGACACCCGGGGAUCCGGCCCGGGUCCCCACCUCCAAGGCCAUCCCCACCUUCUAGUGACUUCGGGCCUCCUGCCGGGAUCUGACGCCCCGCGGUGGGAGUUGCCUGUAAAUGACACUGUGAAUAAACCUGUUACCUUACCCUUGGCUUCCAUGUGGGGUUGGGAAGGAGAUGGGGAUCCGUUGAACUGAAACCCUGAAGAAGCUGGGACCCCAGACUUUGGGGUCUCAGGGAGGAAGGGUCUCGAGCUGGGCUUCUGACUGAGGGAGGAGGAGGCUGGGGGACCAUCCUGGGUCUGAGAGAGGAGAGGGCCAGGGCUAGGGCUAGAGGAAGUGGGACUGGAGACCCCAGGCAUCUGUGGCUGAGGAAGGAGGGCCUGGGGUCGUGGACUCCUGGGUCUCAGGGAGGAGGGGACUGAACACCUUGUGAUUCCUGAGCGAUUUGGGGUUGGUUGAGGACCUCCUGCCCAGUGCCUCUGCUGGUUCUGGGUGCGCUCAGGAGAGUCUUGACCUGAUGUUUCCUGUUUGCCCGCAGUGGGGUAAGCAGAGUGACAUGACUUGAUGGAUACACGCCAUUCAUAGCCCCCAUCACGAUGCCUCCCUUCCAACGCUUCGUGUGCAGUGCACGCUGCACCCUCAUUUCGUCUCCACCUCGCUGGAGUGAGGCUACGGCCUCACUGGCUGUAGCCUGAAGUGGUAAAUGGCCCUAAGACACCCAGUCAGAAGGGGUCACACCGAGGGCUCCCUCCAAAGCUCUCGAGGAUCGAAGAUCGUGGAAUUGGCCCUCCCCCACCCAUCCCCUCCCGAAUCUCUCCUGGUAUCUGUCAUGGGUGAGGAGGGGCUGGAUGGGUUCCCCAAACCUUGGACUCUGGAAGCAGGGUUGUGAGCCUGUCGGUGACUUAGCCUCUUUCAUCUCCCAUUUCUUCUCUGAAAAUGGAGUCAGUCCCUUUGCCCCCCCUCCCCUGCCCCCCGCUCCCCGCAUCAAGGCACCAUUGGGAAGAAGCGGAAGAUCAGAGAAGUUGAGGUGCUCAAUAAAUGGUGACCACUUGGA